AUGCGGCGGGUGACCCUGUUCCUGAACGGCAGCCCCCGGAACGGAAAGGUGGUUGCUGUAUAUGGAACUUUAUCUGACUUACUAUCUGUGGCCAGCAGUAAACUUGGCAUAAAAGCCACUAGUGUGUAUAAUGGGAAAGGUGGACUGAUUGAUGAUAUUGCUUUGAUCAGGGAUGAUGAUGUUUUGUUUGUGUGUGAAGGAGAGCCAUUCAUUGAUCCUCAGACAGAUCCUAAACUGCCUGAAGGGUUGUCAGGAUCUCACACAGACUGGCUUACAUUAAAUGUUGGAGGGCGGUACUUUACAACCACACGGAGCACUUUAGUGAACAAAGAACCCGACAGUAUGCUGGCCCACAUGUUUAAGGACAAAGGUGUCUGGGGUAAUAAGCAAGAUCGUAGAGGAGCUUUCUUAAUUGACCGAAGUCCUGAGUACUUUGAACCUAUUUUGAACUACUUGCGUCAUGGACAACUCAUUGUAAAUGAUGGCAUUAAUUUACUGGGAGUGUUGGAAGAAGCCAGAUUUUUUGGUAUUGACUCACUGAUUGAACACUUAGAAGUGGCAAUAAAGAAUUCUCAACCACCAGAGGAUCAUUCACCAAUAUCUCGAAAGGAAUUUGUCCGAUUUCUCCUAGCCACUCCAACCAAAUCAGAAUUGCGUUGCCAGGGUUUAAACUUUAGUGGUGCUGAUCUUUCUCGUUUGGACCUUCGAUACAUUAACUUCAAGAUGGCCAAUUUAAGCCGCUGCAAUCUUGCACAUGCCAAUCUCUGCUGUGCAAAUCUUGAACGAGCUGAUCUCUCUGGAUCAGUGCUUGACUGUGCAAAUCUCCAGGGAGUCAAGAUGCUCUGUUCUAAUGCAGAAGGCGCAUCCUUGAAACUGUGUAAUUUUGAAGAUCCUUCUGGUAUUAAAGCUAAUUUAGAAGGUGCUAAUCUAAAAGGUGUGGAUAUGGAAGGAAGUCAAAUGACGGGCAUCAACCUGAGAGUCGCCACCUUAAAAAAUGCAAAGUUGAAGAAUUGUAACCUCAGAGGAGCAACUCUGGCAGGAACUGAUUUGGAGAACUGCGACCUGUCCGGGUGUGACCUGCAGGAAGCCAACCUGAGAGGCUCCAACGUGAAGGGAGCCAUAUUUGAAGAGAUGCUGACCCCACUCCACAUGUCACAAAGCGUCAGAUGA